AUGAAAACAGCCAAAGGAUGUCGAGAGGAAGCAGAGCGGCGGACGAGCAGUGCGUGUUGCCCUUCGUUUAACCACACCGGGAGAGCCCGGCCUGUUCCCCGCGCGCUCCACCAGAGGGCGCGCGCCGCCCCGCGCUCCCUCCCUCCCCGGCGGCAGCCCGCCCUAUCCGAAAUUACCGGAGCAUCAACUGAAAAUGUAGGCAAUCCGGCGCAGCCGCUUCGAGUUCGAGCCCCCACCGGGCAGGUGAUACCUUGGCUGGGCACCUCCCGAGCUUCCGACAAAAAGGCCUUGGACUUUAUUUUGGCUCACGCAGGAAUUCGGGCGGAAUCGCCCUUGGGGUCGUUUGGAUUUGGAGGCUUCCGCCUUGCAAGGGGAUUCACAGGGUUGCAGCCUCGCUCCAGCCCAGGCCAGUGCGGAUACUCUGGCCAGGGCCGCUCCGGGUUCAAGAAGGGUCGGCUGCUGAGCCGCUGCGGCCGCCGCCUCCGCCCCGUACUGCACCCGCCUCCGGGGGUGGGGGAGGGGUACUUGCCGCCGAACGGGGUCUCCAAGGACCCGGGUCCGGAGAACGGAGGGAGAAGAAGGGACAGCAGUAAGGGCCGUGCAGGGCCACCCCUAAAUGCCCCUCGACCGGCUCGCGUCCUGCCCAGGGCAAUGUGCAGAAGCCCUGGGCGCAGGUGGAGUGGGACCGUUCUGGAAAAUUCUGGCCCCUCUGGGGGUCUGGGACAGUUGGGAAAGGGAGAAAAUAGGGCAGGGCGCCCAGGGGGUGGGGGCAGGCGCUGGGCUCAGUGGGGUCUCCGGGGAGCAGCUCUUACUCCUCGGCGCCCCCCGCCCACCUUUAGUGAUGGUUCGGGAACCGGGGCGCUGGAAAGGUGCGGGUGCAGAGGGCGCCUGAGCCGCGCGACUGCGGCUCGGUGGGCGCGAGACCCCUGCGGAGAGGAGCGCGCGGACGCCGGGGGAAGCGCCUCGGGGCAGCUGGAGGCGUAGCACCCUGGAGGCACCGGGUGCGGGAGAGACAAAACUGUUCGAACCUUCUCUCCCCUCCCCAGCCCCAGCGCCGAAACCCGGGGCGGGUGAGCGCGACCCUUGCAGCGACCCCUUGCCGAGCCCUGCCCGCGCGAUUACUAAGGAGACGCGGCCUCCAGCACUGCCGUCCCCGCGCCGUUUGAAAACGGAUCCAUCAGCGGGUACCGGACGUUUAAAGGGGUCUUUCUGAAGGGACUUGUGGGAAAGGACAAAAGCAGGCAGCCCCAUUCAGCUGACCAGUCAAAGUCGCUAAAUGGGGACAUCAAAAGGCGCCCUAACUCGGAAUACGGAUCCAAUCGCAAAAGAAAAGAACCUGGUUUCUUUUCUUAGCCUCAAAAAGGCUGAAAAGCCCUAAAGCAAAUAGGCAAAGAAUGCGGAGAGGGGCAGAAAGGAAAAAUAAAGAAACAAUCUCAUGAAUGCAUUUUCUGAGGCUUUAAAUAAGAGGAGUGACAACUUCCUAGGCGCCGUUGGGGGCCGGGGUGCGGGGUCCGCUGCUGUGCGGACCCCGCACCGAGGGCGCCUCUCCCGCCGGGGCGCCCUUGCUGUUUCCACGCACUUCUAGGCAAGGCUCUUUUUGUGGGUGUAAUCUUUUUAUUUAAAUGUCUAGGAAGGGAAAGGAAGGGAAUGGAGGAUAAGGUAGAGAAGGGAAGGAAAGGGAAGGGAGAUGGGAAUGGAAUGGGAAAGUAGGAAAAGCGGGACGCGGCGGGAAGCCCAGGUUUCCCAACAGCUUUUCUGCGGUCAGACUGCGCUCACCAAAACCCGAGCCUGUUACCUGACCAGGCCAUCCCGGUCACAUUCUUUCCACAAGUUAUCUUUUCUCCAACCAGGACAUUUACAGAUUAUUCGCAAUGAAUUUUCUGCCCGCCAAGAACGAAUAGGAUCGCCAAGCCACACCACUUUUUAGAGCCCGCUUAUUCGUGCCUACCCACCCUCUCCCGUGCCCCAAGGUUCCCUGAGCACCGGAAUCCUUUCCGAGCAUGGCCAAGUUUGUUCGGUGGCUCAGAGCGGGAAGGAAAGUGCAGUUCAACACCUGUCCCGCUGCUCGGUUUGGAGAUCGAAGGCCGGCUAUGGGCUGAGCGACAGAUUUACGGGACUGUGGUACAGAUUAAGGCGGUACUGAUUAACGCCGGUCCCGGACUCGAGCUCGCGCCCAAGGAAAGCGUACAGGUCCCUGGAAGCGGGUGGAGGUCGGAGAGGUCGAGGCAGCCUGCGCUGUGGCCAGGCAGGCUUGGUGGGCUUUAGUCUCUCAGUAUGUGUUCUUUAAAGUCUUGACAGGUUAUUAGCAAAGGAAGGGGCACCUCGGGGUCAUGAAGAUGCCUCUCGCUCUGGCCCAAUCGUGCUGAGGUUGGCUCAUUCCUCGGUCGGGUCCAGUAAAACAGCCCAAGCACAGCCUGGAAUCUUCCCGCAUCCUCGCGGGAGUAGAGUCUGGCCUUGGGCCCUGAGUACCCUGCAGUCGUCAGGGACGAGUUCCAGGCCAGGGAGGCCAUGCGAAGGGUUUCCGCGGCAGGGCGAGGGGAAAGGAGGGAAGAAGGAAUCCUCUCCGCGUCAUCAGUAUGGCGGUCUUGUGAUUCUCCCACACCCAGGUUCCAGCUCAGCCCCCAAACUGCUGCCCCAAGGAAACAAGUUGGGGAGUGUGGAUUUAGACAUAACAACGGGUGUGAGCUGAUGUCCUUAUAACCAGAAAUAUUGAGACUAGAAAAUCAGCUCCGAAUCCACGACCCUCAAAUUGAUGCUUAAUCACAUCCUCGACUCCAGAAAAGCUGCUGGGGACAGACAUGGUCAGGUUUUGCCAAGGGUUCAUUAAAAUAGUCUGCACUGGAAUAACCGGGUGCAAGAGAUCACAUCUUCACUCAGGGCUCUGGGGAUCCCCUCGUCGCCCCAGGUCAGUGGGUGGGGAGGAGGGCAAACCUCUGUCUUUUGUUUGUGGGUGAGGGAUGCGAAUUGUGGCAGCAGCCGAGCAAAGGGGGGAAAUUAAUUGCAGCCAAUUAAUAAUUAAUCCCCUUUAAACAGCUUUAUUAUCUCUUCCGAGCGACAGAGAUUUGUCUGAUAACCCCCUGAAGACCAAAUGUCAAGUUUAACCAAAUAGUUAUUGCUUUAUCAACCCGAGUCUGCAAAUAAAUUAAUCAAAAGCAAA